AUGCUCAUGGGAGAACCUCCAAGGCUGCCCGGAUGGGUCGCCCUGGUCGCGGUCGCAGCUGCGGCCGCGGCACCGGCAACGCCCGAGGAGACGCUGGGCGCCCGCGCGGCGCGCUUCGUCGCCAGCCUCGCGGCGGCGGACCGGGCAGCCCUCGACGAGCGCAUCGCGCGCAAGCGUUCCCUCGCCGCCGUGCCCGGCCUCCUCCCGGCCCUGCCGGACCACUUCGUGGCGACCGACGGCCGGCGGCUCGAGGACGCGGCGCCGCCCUGCGGCGCCUGGGAGCACUGCCCCUACGACGGCUACUACAUGCCCCUCCGGACGCGCGUCGUCGCGGACGGCUCGUCCGUCUUCGUGGAGUACGCGACGUACUUCUGCUACAACGGCUACCUGAGCUGGUGCUCCCAGUGGUACGGCGGCCGGCGCGACGACGCGGGCCGCUUCGAGACGUGCUCCGACGCGUCGGACACGUUCUCGGGCAGCAGCACGUGGACCGUGCUCCUUCGGGACGUCGAGGUCGCCGCGACCUACGUCGACGCCAACGGCGCGACGUCCUACGCGCUCCGGGUCCGCGAGGCGGAGCACGGCUUCGUGGAGCGGGGCGACGACCGCUUCGUCGACGGCAAGUACAUGCUCUGGCGCGGGCUCGAGCUCGACACGUGGUACGGCAUGGACGACGUGCGCGCCAAGGCCGCGGAGGGCGACACGGAGUGGAACUCGGCCUUCGGCUACAUCGAGAACAUGAACGCCCUCGAAUUCGACGACUGGGCCGCGGCCUACGACGACGAGGACGGCGACGAGGGCGAGGACCGGCGCCUCGAGGACGCCGAUUUGACGUACGCGCUCGUCGGCGACCGCGUCACCUGGUACGAGGCCGCGGCGGUCUGCGACAAGGCCGGCGGCCGCCUCGCGGGCGUGGACGGCGACGACGCCGUCGGCGCCGUCGAGGCGUUCCUCGAGGGCGCGCUCGGCUCGUGGCGGCGGCGCCUCGACGAGGACUGCGAGUCGACGGCGUGGUACUGCGAGGACGGCUGGGUCCACAUCGCCUACGACUGCGCCGGCGACGGCUGCGAGGACUGCGGGGGCGCCGCGCGGGCCAUGGACGUCGACGAGGUCGCGUGGAUCGUCGACGAGGACUGCGGCGGCGACGUGCGCCUCUGGUGCGACGACGACGUGCUCUGGUACGAGGACUGCUGGUCCGGCGACUCGGCGGCCCUCGGGAACCCGUUCUGCGGCGGCUGCGACGGCGGCGACGACGACGACGACGAGUGGGACGACGACGACGGCGACAUCUGGGGCGCGUGGGUCGGCUUCCGGCAGGGCGAAAGCGGCGGCCUCGUCGACGUCGCCGGGGACGCGAUCGGCGACGACGUCUGGGAGGCGGACGACGACUGGACCGCCGGGGAGUGCGGUCUCUGGGAUCGCGACGGCUACUUCGAGGUCGAGCCCUGCGAGUACGGCCUCGCCGCGGUCUGCGAGUUCGACGACGACGUCUUCAGCUACUCGUACGCGUGGAUCGAGGGCGUCGACGUGACGACGGACGAGGCCUGCGCCUACUCGCCGAGCUGCACCUGCGCCUGCGAGACCUGCGCCGACUUCCUCGAGGGCCGCUGCGGCACGGACUGCGCCGUCGACGAGGCCGAGGAGGUCUACGUCUACUGCCAGUGCGCCGACCACGACCACUGCACGGCGGAGAACUGGCGCAAGUUCCUCCCGGCGGACCCGUCCUACUACGUGCUCCGCGUCGCCGCGGACGGCGGCGACGCCUGCCCGCUCCUGCCGGAGGACCACGCGCGCGUCGAGUCCGGCGACUCGCAGCUCCGGAGGGAGGGCUGCGCGGUGCCCUUCGGCGACGGCUGCGAGGACGGCCGCUGCGACUCGGAAUUGUCCAAGUUGGACGACGGUGCGGAGUCGUGCUACGACCACGGCCUGGAGAUCGAGGCGGCCGUCCUGGGCAUGGGCGAGCCCUACAGCUCGCCCGCGGUCUUCGCCGAGCUCCCGCGCGUCGACGUCGCCGCCGUCGACCGCGCGGCCAAGGCGUCCCUCGCGCUCGCCCUGGCCUGGCUCGCCGGCGCGCGCGCGGUCUGGGUGCUCCUCCCCUGGGCGGCGGCGGCGGACGACUGCGCGCUCGACCGCUGGACGUACGGCGACGCGACGGAGACGACGGGCGCGUGGGCGGACCUCGUCGGCGUCGCCGGCGCCGGCGGCUGCUACGAGGCCGGCGCCGCGUGGAGCGCCGUCGCCGUCGCCGCCGGCGACGCCGCCUACGACGACGACGCGAGCUGCGCCGCUCUGUGCGACGCGACGGACGGCUGCGACGUCUGGGAGCGCGGCCUCUUCUCCUUCGACGAGUGCUGCGAGCUCAAGGCGGCGCGCGGGUCGCGGCCCGCGGCGACGCGGGGCUGGGCGUCCGCGGGCGCGGCGGCCUGCGCCGACGGCCGCCUCGCGCUCCUCGACGGCCUCGAAGCGAGGACGCCCGGGGACGCGGACGUCGACGACGAGUGCUGGGUGCGGGGCCUGGGCUACGGCGCCGACGCGACGACGCCGGCCUGCGGCGCCGCGGCGCUCCUGGCCGUGGCCGCGCCGGCGGCGACGCUGGACCUGGGCACCGCGCGGGGCUGGUGGGGCGGCGCGGCGCUGGCGACGACGGCCGACGACGACAUGGCCGCGGCGGACUGCCGCGCGUUCUGCGUCGCGACGGCGGGCUGCGGCGGCUGGCGCCUGAAGCGGGGCGCGUGCCUCGCCUACGACGACGUCGGCUGCGCGCCGUCCCUCGGCCGCAUCUACGACUACGACGCGCCGGACGAGACGGUCUCCGGCGUGCCCGGCUGCGUGUCCGAGGACGACCUCGAGACGUCGUCGUGGUUCGACGAGUGCGACAGCCCGCGGUGCACGGAACCCGAGGGCGCGGGGCAGCGCGCGGGAUCCUACGUGGGCGACACGUUCCGGCCGGCCAGCGGCUGCUACUUCGCCGUCGUCGAGCGGCCCGCCGUCGUCGACUGCCUCGAGGGGACGUGGUUCCUCGUCAACGGCGGCUCGAACGCGCUGACGUUCUUCAAGUGGCUCGCGGACCAGGUGUCGCCGGACCUCGUGAGCAUGGGCGACACCUUCGAGUCCGAGGUCAUCGACGUCGUCUUCGGCGCGGGCGGCGACGUCGAGUACGUGUUCAAGGGGAGCCUCUGCUCCUUCGGCCCCGUGAACUGCAACUACGGCGGGUCGCUGUCGCCCGACGCCUGGGAUUCGCGGCACCGCACGUCCGUCGCCGCGGCGCUCGCGGCGCCGGCGUACGUCGCCGGCGGCACGCGGAUCACGCUCGUCGUCGCGCAGUUCUACGACCAGACGUCCAUGGCGCUCGAGGGCGUCGCCGGCGCGACGGCCUGGGCCGGUGCGAACUUCGUCUUCUACACGCAGUGCAUGAUCUGGUACCCCUGCCACCAGCAGGGCUGGUGCUACGCGCCGCGAUUGGGGUCGUCGUACCUCGAGAUCCGCGACGCGUUCGCGCGCGACGUCGACGCCGUCCUGGCCGUCGCGGAGCCCGUCUGCGCCCGGGCGAACGCCCACUGCUUCUUCGCGCCGGCGGCCUACAACACGCGGGCGUCGGGCGGCGGCCUGCCGGAGAUCCUGAAGCCCAAGGUCGACGCGACGGCCUGGGCGCACCUCUGUGCGCACCUCAUCGACUGGACGGGCCUCGUCACGGACUGGAUCCCCGAGGAGAUCGUCGACGGCCACACGACGCCCUUCCCCCACAUCACGGCCUACAACAUGAUCUGGAACACGGUCUGCGGCGACCUGCCGGCCGCGGGCUGCCCCGAGUACCUCGUCGCGGACAAAUUAUGCUUCGACGCGACGAACGGCGAGACGGGCGACUGGGUCAUGGCGUCCGAGGUCGACUACUGCACCUACGCCAGGGUCGACGCCGUGCCCGUGUCCGUGAAGCUCCAGGCGCCGGCGACGGUCGCGGGCGCCGCGGGCCUCGCGGACUGCCUCUGGAACGCGCUCGGGCUCGGCGAGACCGGCGGCGCCUCCGGCUCCUCGAGCGCCAAGGAACUCUGCAAGCAGAAGAACCGCCUCUUCUGCGGCGGCGCCGGCGACGGCUGGGCGCUCGCGGGCGUGGGCUUCGGCGUCGCCGCGGCCCUCGCGGCCGCGGCGUUCUUCGCGGCGAAGAGGAAGCCGCCGCCCCGGCCCGAGGAGAUGAAGGACGCCAAGGUCGCGCCCGUGGCCGUCGACGAGGCCAAGGAGGACCCCGCGCCCGCCACGCCCGUCGUCGUCGCGCCCUUCCGGCUCGAGCGGCUCGAGGGCCUGGGCCAGGGCAGCAAAAGAGAGCGAAAUUCCCAACUUCAAAGGCUCCUAUCUCGGCCGUUUUCCACUCGCCUAGGCGGCGCGCGCUACGUCGCGUCGGUCCACAUCGUCCUCGGCCACCUCUUCGCCAAGGGCGCCGUCGACGACGUUUAUUUGUACGGCUGGGGCUACACGUGGGUGCCCUUCUUCUUCAUGCUCAGCGGCUACGUGCUGGCCCACAGCCGCCUCGCGUCGCGGGACCCGUCCAAGGUCGAGCGCCCGACGACGUACCUCGCGAAGCGCCUCGCGACGGUCUACCCGGCCUACGCCGUCGGGCUCUUCCUAGCCCUCGGCGUGCGCGUCGCGCGCGGCGUGGCGCUGCCGGAGACGAAAUGGAUGCUGUACCAGGCCUUUCUGCUCCAGGCCUUCGACCCGCGCGCGACGGAGCAGGUCUUCCAGUUCCACUCAGGGCAGGACAAGGGUGAUUCAACGUUCCACUGCUGGUUCCUGAGCUGCCUGGUGCCCUACUGGCUCCUCUUCGGGCCCGUCUACGCCAAAGUCCGCAACGCGAGCCUCGAGGCCUGCUUCGCCGCCCUCGUCGUGUUGAGCCUCAUCCCCUGGCUCCUCGUCUUGGUGCCCGAGCUCGCGGACGAGGACAACGAGUGGUACCGGCGCCACGCGGUCGGCGACACGAGCUCCGCGACGGAUUUGUGGGUCGUCUUCCUCAAGUUCCACCCGCUCUGCUACUUCCACGUGUUUCUGUACGGCGUGGUCCUCGCGCGGCUCCGCGCGAACCUCAAGGCCGGCGCGGACGGCCCGCUCGCGCGGUUCCUCGGCGCCGUCGCGCGGGGCUCCGCGACGGCGGGCUUCGGCGGCCUGCUCCUCGUCUUCCUCGCGCGGGACCUGCGGCCCGCGGCGCACAAGCUGAGCUGCCGCCUGCCCCUCCAGGCCAUGAUCCUCGUGGGGCUGUCGCCCAUCGACGCGGGCCGCGCGGAAGACCCGGUCGCCGCGGCCUUCGCGAAGCUGCCGGCCUUCUUCGGCGACAUCUCCUACCCGCAGUACGUGCUCCAGUUCGUCGCCUACUCCUGCUGGCCCACCGUCGACGUCGACGUCGUCCCCUUCCUCCUCUACCUCACGGGCGGCUCGGCGCUGUUGGCCUACGGCGUCGUCAAGCCCGCCGCGGCGAUCUGGCGCCGCUUCGCGGCGACGAGGCGGCGCGCGGCGAUGCUUUUGGUCGCGCCCCUGGCCGUCGCCGCGGGGCUCGCUGCAGCCGCCGCGGCCUACGACGCCGAUAAAGCGAAAUCGUCGUCGUCGUCCGCGGCCGCCGGGGGCAACGGCACGAACGCGACGGUGUGGCUGGCCGCGGAGGCGCUCGACGUGCGCCUCAACUGGACGUCGUCGACGCGCGGCGCGCUCAUCAACCCGAGCCUGCUCCUCGUGGACGGCGACAUCGUCCGCGCGGCGCGCGCGCACGCGCUCCGGUCCGAGCGCGGCGAGGGCGCGUACCGCGUCCCGGGCGAGUCCUUCGUGCGCAUCGUCGUCGAGGAGACGGCGUCCUGGAGCUCGGACAUCGUCCUGGCCGCGGAGCCCUACGGCGGGAACCUGUCCGCGCCGUUCGACGAGUGGCGCCUCUGGGACCUCGACGGGGCCUCGCGACGGGCGCGCCGGCGUCGCUGUCGCGCCCGAGCCUGCUGAGCCACCUCGGCGACGGCGCGGCCUGGGGGGCGCUCUGCGAGCCCGUCGCCGCGUUCUACGAGGCCAACAACACGGUCGUGCGCAAGGUCGUCGGCGGCCCCGAGGACCCCAAACUCGUCGCGCUCCCGGGCGGCGGCGCCUGGGGCCUCGCGUUCAACUCCUACCCGCCGAAGCACCUCGCGGGCAACUGCGACGGCAAGGCGCGGGCCGUGUCGCAGAUGUACCUCGCGCGGAACGGCGCCGCGCUCGCGAGCGGCGACGACGCGCCGGCCGUGCGCCUCGCCUGCGGCGAGACCGAGGCCGACGAGAAGAACUGGAUCGCCUUCACGCACAACGACAUGCUCCACUUCGUCUACAGCGUCCAGCCGCACGUCGUCGUCGCCGCGCGGCCCGGCGACGGCGCGUGCGUCGUGCGCCACGAGACGUCGUUCUCGCCCCUCGCGGCCGUCGCGGGCGAAGUCGCCGUGCGCGGGUCCGCGACGGCGGCGCCCUACGGCGGCAACUACCUCGCGCUGCUCCACACGCUCAGGGACGGCGCCUACGAGACGCUCGCCUACGAGUUCGCGGGCGCGCCGCCCUUUGGGAUCACGCGCGUGUCGCGGCCCAUCGAGCUCCAGGGCGGCGGCGCGGCGUUCCCCUCGUCGCUCCUCUACGCGCAGGGCAAGGUCGUGCUGGCCUACGGCGUCGACGACGCGUCGAGCCGCGCGCUGGUCAUGUCCGCCGCCUACCUCGAGGAGCUGUUCGUCCAGGACGACGCCUGGUGCAACGCGACGGCGAGGUAGCCGGGGGCAAAGACCACCGGGCGUGCGCUGGCCUCUUUUUCUUGCUGACUUCUUUUGUUCAUAAUUUUUCCAUCGAU